AUGGAGAAGGCCGAGGUCGACGAGCUGCGGCAGCUCUCGCAGCGCGUGUGCGAGAACGUGACGGCGUAUGUGGGAGCCCAACUCGGCGGCUCGCUGGAGUCGAUGCAGCUGAUGGAGACGGUCGUGAACAACAUCAACGCCAAGUACAAGGGCAUGAAGCGCGAGGCCAAGAGCAUUGGCAAGUUGUCCAAGGUCCUGGAGGCGAGAGCAUCUGCGAACGAGGAGAAGAUGAACAUCAUCGACGACAUCGAUGAGGAGCUCUCGGAGCUGGAGGACAUGGUGGACCAGCUCGAGCAGUACACGGGGUCGCUGGAGAUCAAGUUUAAUGAAGUGCGCUAG